AUGCAGCUGUCCUCGCCCUUCAACUCCGAGUGGACCUGCAGCAGCGAGUACAUCCGCAGCGGGACGCCCUCGCGCCGCGACGGCAUCUCCUACGUGCAGGAGAUGCACCACCGCCUCCGGGGCACCAGCUUCAUCCGCCAGACUGUGAGCUCGCUCAAGCUGAAGCCGAUCUGCAAGGAGACCGCCUACAUCUACUUCCACCGCUUCUUCAUGCUGCGCUCCUUCAAGAGCUGUGAUGCCAGUCGGGUGGGCCUCGCCUGCGUCUACCUCGCCUCGAAGUACGAGGACCACCCUGCCUUCAAGGAGCACAUGGUGCGCAUCUACCAGCUGCUGACCACCCGAAAGGACCUGACGAAGAAGGACAAGGAGUACGAGGAGAACUGCGACCGCCUGAUUCGCGACGAGAACCAGCUGCUGCAGGUGCUCGGCUUUGACGGCCUCGGCGUGCGCCACUUUCAGGUGCUGAUCGUCGAGUCGUCCUCGCAGACGCCCAUCACCGGCUUCUCCAAGGCGAUGUACAGCAAUGCCUACAAGAUCGCCAGCGAGAUGAACCGCCUGACGAUGCUCUGCGUGCAGUACCCCUCGCACAUUCUCGCCUGCGUCGCCAUCUUCCUCGCCUCGCUCUACCACGGCACUGUCCUGCCCGACGGCUGGACCAAUCGCGUGAAGGGCGCCGUGGCGGAGGACGUGCACCUGGUGACGAAGGUGGGCGACGAGAUCAAGGAGCGCCUGGCGCGCGACUCCGACCUGGUCAAGACGCUGCUCAGUGAUAACAAGGUGGUCUUUCCGCCGCCGCCGCAGCCGCCCAAACAGCAGCCGCAGCUCCAGCAGCAGUCGGCCAAGCCACACCAACAUCAGCAGCAACAAAGUCAGCACCAAUAUCAGCAUCAGCCGAAUCACUACCACCAGUCCUCGCAGCAGCAGCAUCAACACCAGCAGCAACCGAAUCACUACCACCAGUCUUCACAGCACCAACAUCAGCAGAAGCGACCUCACAAUGCGAUGAUGUCCUCCUCCUCUUCGGCUGCUUAUGCUCAGUUCAACAGCAGCGGCGGUAAUGGCGGUGGAAGUCACUACCGCGGCAACAACAACUUCAGCUACUCCGGAAACAGCUCAGGGGUGCCCAACACCAGCAUUUCGAACAGCAGUAGUCUGACUCGCGGUCACAACCACCACCACCAGGGCAAUCGCACCUUCAAUGUCGCCAAUGUCUACAACAACAACAACGGCGGUGGAAGCAUGCCCGACUUGAGUGGUAAUCGGGGCUACUGCGGCCACGGCGGUGGAAUCGCAAACACCACCACCACCAGCACCAGCAGCAACCUCGACUUUAGCCAGCAGAUUCUGUCCACCUUCAGCCCGGACAGCGCCUACUCCAGCAACAGCUCGCACUCGCCGCCGGAGAAGAAGCGAAAGAA